GCAGCGCUUCUCACACAUGCACAGUCCGCAGUGUCUGGUCAUGCCCUGUACUGUCUGCCGUCUCUGGUCAUCCAGUAUCUGGUCAUCUCCUGUACUGUCCGCAGUAUCUGGUCAUCUCCUGUACUGUCUGCAGUCUCUGUUCAUCUCCUGUACUGUCCGCAGUCUCUGUUCAUCCCCUAUACUGUCCGCAGUCUCUGGUCAUCCCCUAUACUGUCCGCAGUCUCUGGUCAUCCCCUGUACUAUCCACAGUCUCUGGUCAUCUCCUGUACUGUGUCCACAGUCUCUGGUCAUC